AUUGAGUACAGAGAGUGAAUCAGAUGUCCAUAUUAAGUGCCAAACAAAGAUCCGAUACAUUUGCUUGUGGGAAACAUUUUGGAAAGUCACGUAUUUGACUGCAGAGGAUUAUAGUACACACCGGCAACUGACACCGGAGACUGUUUCACAUCUUAGUACGUUUUAGAGGAGCUAGAAAACCAGAAAAGUCGGAUUUGAGGACAGAUGAAUGAUUGCUCGUGGUUUGACCUGACUAACAUGGGAAAACAUUAGGAACAAACACAUAUUUAAACGAUAAGACGAUCAGGAGAAAAUUGAUUUAGGAGGUUAAGAGUAUUUAACUACUGGAUGUUAUAUCUCCCUAUUAUUAACAUCGGAACAUCGACUGAUAUUAAAACAACAAACCUAUUUUCGAUGUGUUACAACUGGAAGUAUUUUGGAUAACAAGGUCGGAAUAACACUUAUUUAAAACUGGAAUAUUAGCCGUGUAUCACGUGACAGGUGAUAUACUAAAAUAUCACCCGAUUAAGAUGGCAUCCAAGAAACCAGUGGAUGUAUGCUGUGAAUGGAUAGCGGAUCAAAAGAAAAGCAUCCAUCAAUCUGAUUAUGGCUCAAACAGCACAGGAGUCAAGGACGCUAUAGUAAAACAAGAACACACGGAUAGUAAUGUGAAAAAAUAUAAGAGUGAAAUCAACAAAGCUAUCCUAACGGAAGAUAUCAAAGCUGAUAGCAAUAAUCUCGAGACUAUGUACGAAAUUCUCACGAAUAUCUCCAGCAAGAAACUUGACUGUCUUACGGUUCUACAAGAAGUCAGUGGACUUGAAGAAUUAUGUGGAAACCUAGGUAACCAAAUAGACACAAAGUCCGUGGAGCUAGCCUCAAAGUACCAAAAGUCCGACCAGUUAGUGACUGAGAAAGAUGAAGAGAAGAGGACAAAAACUUCUGGCAAAGAUCUGUCAAUGGCUGCCCAGGGUUGCAUCUAUGCCCUCAAAGAGAACUGGAUCUGGAUGACGAAGCUGAUGGGAUGUCUUGACGUACAUGUGAAGAAUGCUGCUGAAUACCAUCAGUUCUUUCAUGAUGCCGACGAGUACGAAACUUGGUUAUAUGGUGUAUACGAGGACAUUAGUGGGGGAAUGGAACACGAGAAGUUCAAGGGGACUUACCAAGAGGCACAACAGCUGCUCAUUGAAAUACAGAACAUUCUGACCAGCUACCGACAGUGGCACCACAGAAGUGAUCACAUGUUUGAAAGAGCCAGGCAGGUUGUCCCAGUUGACAAGAGGACCACUCACAUAGAAGCUCCUGAACCUAUACGAGCAUUGUGCCAUUAUAAAACAUCUGAGAUUAGUAUCAGAGAGGGAGAGGAGCUACUUUUGAUUGACAACAAAGAUUCACAAAAAUGGAGAGUAAAGAACUACUUAGAUCGGGAGGCAGAUGUCCCGGCAUUAAUCUGCCUCAUCCCGCCUCCUGAUGGAAAAGCUGUAGAGUUAGCUAUAAGGUUACGGCUACAACUCCUGGCCGCUUGGACGAACACCAUCAAGAGGUUCGGCAAGAAGCUAAUUAGGUUCAUGUUAGUCGUCUUCAGGGAUUGGUGUGAUGCCGAGGGUCAAGCAAUUAACGGGAUGUCCUUAAAACAAAAGAUUGAGGUACUCCAGUCCCUAGAAAUCAAAGACCGUGAGGAGAUCUAUAGAAUUCUAGCUUUAAUCGAGGACACUCUAAGUGGUAACUGGUCAGACUAUGCAGGAUUCGUCCUCCUGCAAGAGAAGCUUCUUAGCUUGAAGCUCGUUUUGGAAGAAAGCGGAGACGAAGUGAACCAAGAUCCUUCUCUGGUGACGUCCCUAGUUGUACAAAUCAAGAUGCUGGAAAAACUGAUGGAAAGAUACAAGGAAUUAUGGGGUGACUGGGAGAAGUACAAAGUGGUAGUGGAGACUUCUAAGCAGCCUGAACUUAUGUUGAUAUGUGAGAAAUGGCAACAGUUACAGUUUGUCAGCUCGGCAUAUUUCAAUAAAUACUGGCAAACUAACAUUGAUGUUGAGAAAGACAAACAUAGAUCUGAGGUAACUGUUGAAAUAGAGGAACUGCAGGAAGAACUGUCCCCCACUGUUAGCUCUGAGUAUCUCUCUGAACAACUUAUUACACUUGACUUACAGGUUAAUGCAAAUGAUCUGAAUCCUAAAGUGACCAUUGUUCAACAGCCUGAAGUGAAUGAGACUACAACCACCACUACUAAGACCAUUACAACAACAACCAUAGAGGAACAGGAGAUGCUGGAUGCUAACAAAAAUAAACAAAAGCCCCAAAAGAAAGAAGAAGAGGAAGAAGAAUGGAGUGAAACUACCGAGGAACUCACCAAGACAACACAGAUAGAAACUACUAGAGAAUGGGAGAGAAAAGGUACCAAAAUAGAGAAAGAUGUUAAGAAGAAAGCGCCAAAGGUUGAAUUAGAAUGGGAAAACAAAGGAACCAAGAUUCAACAUGGAGACACGUCACACGGUGAUGGCUGGAGCGAGACUGGAGACUACAUCACAAAGACUACAUCCUAUGGAUUAUCUAGUUCAGCUAAUAGAACACCAAAUGGUGUUGCCUCAUCGAGGACUGUUGAGAUUAACCGUUCCCCUGGUUACCAACAAGGGUCAGGGGGUCGUAGUGAGGUAACUGUAAAGUCAACCACUUACAGCCUCGAUGAUACCGACCACUAUCCUGGUGACUCUAGGGAUUAUGAUGAAAGUGGCGAGACCAAGAAUGCACAUGCCGAUGAAAUUAUGCAUGCGUCCAGAGAAGAACAGAAGAAAUUCGUCAUCCGAUCGGUAGUUGAUCCAAGAAAUAAGGACGAGAUAUCCCUACAGCAAGCUAUAAUGUUAGGCAUUAUAGACCCUAACAAAGGACUGUAUGUAAAUCCAACAACUGGCGAAACAAUUCCAAUACCAACUGCCAUGAACGAUGGGCUUAUAUCCGUUGAGUUUCAGACGGUGAAAAGAUCCCGUGAGAAGAUGGACAAGUUCGGUUUGAUUACGAUCAAAACCAAAAAAGAGCAACCAAAGUCGUAUACAAUUAAAAACGUACUUGAUAUGAAGACAGAAAAAGAGCUAACACCUGAACAGGCCUCAAGACGUGGUAUCCUUAAUGAAGAUGAACAUACAUUUAAAGAUACUGCCUCUGGUAAAAGUAUGUCACUCUCCGAGGCUAUUGAACAGGGUUGUGUUGCUGUAGAAUAUGGCGAACCGGAGGGACCUCCUGAAUAUGAAACUAAGACGUAUGCUGUGAGAGCAGCCGUUGACCAACGUUUAAAGAAGAAGAUUCCAUUCAGUAUGGCUGUGACUCGGGGUGUAAUUGACAGAGAUACUGGAGCUUAUGUCAAUAAUGUCACACACGAGAGCAUGUUCGCAGGGGAUGCAAUAAUGCGAGGAUUCCUCAAAGCGAGAUUGGUUGAUGAGUCAGAGUCCCAUUCACUGGACAUUAACCCAGAGAAUAAGAUUGUAAUUGAAAAGGUACAGAGCAUAAAGAAAAAGUUAUUCCAACCUUUGAAGAUUUUAAGAGCUCUAAAAGCAACUGGUCAAAUUGGACACAAGAAAUAAGUCUUUGGUCGAACUAUAUAUGCCAUAUAACAGACGCCACUCCAAGUCUUAGGUCUGACUUUAACUACGCACACCACUCCACUAAGUUUAAACUAUGACAUCAAGUAAGAUGUACAUGGACGCCAUCUUAAGUCUUAUAUCUAACUAUGACAUAUAUGGACGCCAUUCUAAGUCUUAGUUCUAACUAUGAUGUAAAGCAGGGCAUAUAUGGACGCCAUUGUAAGUCUUAUGUCUAACUGUGACAUAAAGUAGGACAUAUAUGAACACCAUUCUAAGUCUUAGGUCUAACUAUGAUA